UAUACACUAGAUUAUAUACUGUACUAUAGAUUACUAUAAAGAUUAGGCUACAGUUUAGUUCUUUUUGCUAGAUUGUAUUCCAGACUACAUUAAGGUCCACAGUAAUAACUAGACUGUAGUCUAGAAUUUAUAAUCUCAACUGUAGCUCAAUACUGGACUAAAGUUAUGAACUAAAUAAAUACACUCUUUUAAUGCUCUGCCUUGCAUUUUUUGACGGAAAAAGCUAAACAUAUGUAGACAACAACAGCGAAAAUUACAACCUACAAGUAAAAAUAUUCAACACAACAACAAUGUCUUCUUCAAGUUUUUUUAAUGUAGUUUUUCAAGCAGUUGCGGCACCAGUGAAGUAGAAAGUCUUCCAAGUCUUUCUUUUAACACUUAAAAUACAGACCACACCACAAAACCAACCACAACGAAUGCAAUUUAAAGAGAAGUGAAAAACUUAACAAACAAAUAAUAAGGCGGAAAUUUUCACGCGCGUACUUAAACAAUUUGACAAAAUUUCUUUAAAAAAAUUAAAUUUAAUAAGAAAAACAUGAAAAAAAUGUGUUAAAAUAAAAAGUCUAUAAUUAAUAUUAUCAAAAAUAAAAAAUAACAAAAUUUUUUCAACAAAACAAGAAAACAAGUCACUUUUAUUUUUUAACAGAAAUAACAACAACUGUAGUAAAACUGCAAUUUAAAUAAUUAUAUGUAGUAUAUUGUGUAUGAUUUGUUUUUCUCCCAGUUUUGCAAAAAAUAAACAAGUUUUUUUUUUCUUCUUAACCUUAAGUUUAGGAGAACAACAACAAGUUUCUUCUAGAGAAAAACAAAAACAACUAUAAACAAUCUAAACUAAUAAUCUAAUGCAAGAAAUAAAUAUUAUAUAAAAAUUUUAAAAUUCAAAACCGUUAAAAUACAAGAUUUUGAUUUUAUUAAUGCUGCACUAAAAAGAAUAACAACAACAACAAGACACACACGAAUUGGCGUAAGAAUAAAUAAAUAAUAUUAAAUAAAUAAAUAUUUAUUUAUAUAUUUUUCGAACACAUCAACGAAUAUGUCGGAUAUUUACUAUUGCAGUAAGAAUAAAAAGACUAGCAGUAGUAGUGAUGGAAAAAGUUCUGCCUCCGAUAAAACGCCAAAAAGUCUUGUAAAUAAUAAUAACAACAAUAAUACUAGCAGUAAUAAUAACAAUAACAACAACAGCAGUAAUAUGAGAGACAGUAACGUUUGUGGCAAACACGCAUCAUCAAAUGGUAAAACAAAUUGGAAGGGCGUCUCCAGUAAUUCAAGUUCUCCCCGCGAAACCAGCUCAAAUGGCAAUUCCACACAAAGCACAGCAUCAGUUCCAAAAGUAUUUCACAAUACACGUUGUACCCGACAUCACAAAGCCCACAGUCAUUCACCAAAUCGAACGAGUAACGGUAAUGGUGUUGUAGUGGCCGAUAUACCCAGCCAUCAUUUGAAUGGCGGACACAAUCACAGUCACAUUCAUCAUUUGCCCAGUGCGGGUCAUAGGAAAAAAACCGAAUCGGUUUUAUCUACAGAUUCAGAUAUACGUUUUACGCGACGUAAAUUGGGUGAUAGUCAGAAAUGUGGUUGUGCGGUUAUAGCGGGAUUUCUAGUCGCUCUUUUGGUGGCUGGAGUAUUUGUGUAUGUGGGAUAUACCUAUUUCAAACCAGAACCUUUAUCGGAUCGUGUAUUUCGUGGUAAAUUCCAAAUAUUAAACGAUAAAUGGUCUAUGGAUUUGGCGAAUCAAAACUCUUUGAGAUUUCAACAAAAAUCGAGGGAUUAUCGUGAGCGCAUUAAUCUGCUGGUACGGCGUUCGGAUCUAAAGGAAGCCUAUGAUGGCAGUGAGAUAUUGGCUUUGGAUGGAUUUGAAGACACCAGCGAUAUAUUAGUACACUUUAAUAUGAUCUUUGAUCCCUAUGCCGGUUUAGUGUCGACUGCCGAUCUAUUGGCUUUAUUUGGUGAGGAGUUUAGCAGUGCUCAACCUAGAUAUUUUGGUAAUAUCACCGUGGAUCCUAGAAGUCUAAGCAUUAAAGAGGUAACAGGUUUAAUAGAGGAACCUAUUAUGUCUUCUUCACCCUUGGGCGGUGAUGAUGAGACUACGGAAUAUAUCACCACCACUCCUAAGCAGCCGAGACGUUGUGAACCCUUAAAACUAAACUACUGUCGUUCGAUAGGCUAUAACAUUACCACUUAUCCCAAUUUACUGGGUCACAAUUCCUUUGAGGAAGUUCAGGCCGAUGUCAUUUCAUUUCGGGAACUGGUUGAUGGCGAGUGUUUCCGUGAAGCUUUCGAUUUUGUCUGUCGUUUAAUGCAACCACCCUGUGAAACACAUGCCAAUUUAGAACCUACAGCCGGAGCAAUAUGUCGGGAAUAUUGUGAACAAUUUAUGAAGGGUUGUGGUAAUCGUUUGCCUCAUAGAUUUCAAAAAUAUUUCGAUUGUGAAAGAUUCCCGGAGGCCACGGGUAUACAGUCGUGUCGUCAGAAGCCUCGUUGUGCUAAUGAUCUACAGAAUAAUGCUCAAAGUCCUCGUUUAUGUGAUGGUUUUGCUGAUUGUCCAGAUUUGUCAGAUGAAAGAACGUGUACGUUUUGCACCAGUAAUUCGCUAUACUGUGGUAGAGGCAGAGCUUGCAUACCCCGCAAAGCACGUUGUGAUGGUAAAGCCGAUUGUCCAGAUGGUUCAGAUGAAAAAGAUUGUCUUUCUAUAGCUCCUUUGGCCGCAGAUUUGAACAAUCCUGAACCUUUGGUUCCUUAUCUGCCGAGAUUUCAUUCUGAAGGUUUUGCAGUGUUUUCCGAAAAGGGUUCUGUGGGAAAACUAUGUGCAGAGGGUUUGGAAGGAGAUAGUAAACUAGUGGUGAGACAAACUGUGGCAGAAUCCUUAUGUAAAUCUUUGGGUUAUGAAUCAGUGGAAAUUUUUGAAGUACAAACCGAUACCGAGAAUGUAGAUGAUUAUGUUCGUGUUUUGGAUCCUCAUGCUCCGGAAAUAUCAUUUGUACGUACUCAUUGUCCCAAACGUGAAGUGUUGUAUGUGGGUUGUGGAGAACUGCAGUGUGGUGUACAGUCUGUGCUAACGGGUAAACAGCAUUUAACUUUGCCCAAAAUGUCUGCCUCGGGAGAUUGGCCUUGGUUGGCUGCUUUAUACAGGGAAGAUGUGCAUGUUUGUGAUGGCACUUUGAUUUCUCAAGAUUGGGUUUUAACCACUGAAUCCUGUUUCCAAGGUCAACCACGUGCCACUUGGAUGGCUGUCUUUGGUUCGGUACGUUUGGCCUCAAAAGCUCCCUGGACUCAGCGUAGACGCAUAAUAGGCAUGAUCAAAAGUCCUGUAGAAGGUUCCACCGCCGCUCUUAUACGUUUAGAAACAGCAGUUGUUUACUCCGAUCAUGUGCGGCCCAUUUGCCUGCCUGAUGAAUCUCAACGAAAACAAGACCAACAAAUACAAAGGCGAUCUUAUGUUCCCAAGGCAGAACGUCUAGAAGGCCGUGAAACCAUCAAACGUUUAGAACACGAAACACAACAAUAUUUCGAAUCACCCAAUUUCUAUCAGCCCAAUGAAGACUCUAGCAAUUCAUAUAGUUCAGAAUAUGAACCAUCGGCCUAUAAAAUGCCUCAGGCUGAGGCUUUAGUUGAUGAUAUAGAAGAAUAUAAUUUAGAUUCAUAUCCUCUGCCAGAAAGUGCACCACAAAUGAAUUAUUAUGGCAUAAAUGCAGCAGGUACAACGGCUAAUCAAACAUCGGCUCCCAGUUCAGCAGCUUCAGUGGGUAGAACGGUGGCACCAGUGACGACACAACCCGAACAAACAUGGACAAAUUGCAAUACGUUGGGUUGGUCACGACAACGUGAUCAUCUGCAGCGAGUUCAAUUGAAAAUCGGUGAUAUGGCGGCGUGUGAAAAUAUCUCGAUUGCCACGGUGAAUAGUAUGUGUACGGAGGCAACGUAUCAGAAACAUGAUUGUACGCAAGAAGAAUAUGCUGGCGCUCCUGUACAGUGUCUCAUACCUGGUACUAAUCAAUGGGCCCUUGUUGGUGUCUCCUCAUGGCGAAUAGCCUGUGCUGCUUCCGGUGUCGAAAGGCCAAGAAUGUAUGAUAAGAUAUCCUCGAAUGCGGCUUGGAUACGUGAAACGGUUAAUUCGUCAUAGAGUAUCGUUUAGCGAUCGUUAAUGUAAUAUAUACUUAACUAUAUUUAUAUACUCGUAGGUAUUUGUAUAUAAACUAAUGUUUAAUGAUUAUUUUUCGAUUACUGAUACGUAAAAUUUAAAAUAAUUUUGUUUAAUCUUAAGUUUAAGGCAUAUUUAUAUUAAUUAUAUAAGUUAAUCUAAAGUUUGGUGACUUAAAAAUUAACGCAUAUUAAAAUACUUAGUAGUGAAAAAGGAAUAAAUUAUGUUAGACUUAUACUAACCUUUUGAAAAGCUAGGUCUUGAUUUGUAAUCACAUAUAUCUAAAGUUUAGGAAUGCACCCAAAAAUAUUAAAAAAUAUCACUUCAAUAUGUAAUUAACUUUAAAUACUGAAACAAUUUCUUUUAAAAAUUUUAAAAAUUAGGGCUAUAAGUAUGUGCUACGUUCAGAUUUAGAUCUUUGGAAAUAUUAAAACCAAUUUAGGAAAAAUAACAGGAUUAAAUUGCAUUAAGGGUCCCAAAUUAGAAUUCGAAGCAUAAAAUUAGUUCAGUAUUUAUCUGCAAAACUUUAAAAAGAUAUUACAGAAUGAACACAUUCCGUCCAAAUUUUAGAUUUAAAACAACGCAAAAUUUCGCAAUAUUUCUAAAUUAAUCUAAAUUAUUAAAAAAAAACUAAAUAUAAUAAAAGUAUGAAUGAAUUUGCAAUUAAUUUAAAUGUUAAACUAUUUUCUCCAAUAAUCCAUCGAAUGAUUGAAUGAAUGAGAAAGUAUAAUGAAUGUACAAAGAAGAAUUAUCUUUUUGUUUUUAAUUUUUAAGUAAUUUUUCGUUUACAUUACUAGUUAGAUUUAUAGGUUUUGGUCUGAAUUAACAAUAUGUUAAUAUUUUUUAAAACCUGUAAAUCUGGCAAGGAAUGGGUCAAAGCUAUUGUAUUUAAGCUUAACUUUUUUGGCAAUUACAUUAUUGUAUUUAUUACUAUUUAAAUUGAAAUUGAAAGAAACUGUUAUUUAAUGCUGACAUAUAAUUAAAUUACAUUUAUUUAUUGUUUGUAUGUUUUUGGUUAAUAAUUUUUUUUUAAUAAAGAUACACAAAUAGUUUUUGU